UCUGUGGAAGCCAUAUCCACAGCUCACCAUGGCUAGGGAUGCUGGGCAGAGGGAGGCAGGCCCUUUCUUGGGGGAUAGUUGGGUUGUGCCGGAAGCCUGCUUGCUUUUUGGGUGCUGCAGGGUAAUUAACUAGUUGGUUAAUCACCUUUAAGGCAAAGCAGCUGCAGCUCCAUUCACAAUGUGCUGGAACCCAGGCUAGACCCAGAUGAGCCCAUCUUGAUUUGGGGGCUUUGGCGGGGCUCACAGCAUUGUGGUCCGGGGCAGCUUUACUUGCCAUCUGGACCCAAGAAGGGGCUAUUGCAGUGGGCAGAAGAGCAGAAGAGGCCUUGUUCCUACGUGGCUCUGCCCUCAGGGCCCCGCAUCCUCUGUUAAAUGAGGGGCAUGGGGUCUCUUCACACCCUAGGGCCUAUGUUUGGCCACCCAGCCAUUGCUAAGACUGGCUUUCUGGAACUUGGAUGCCCAAGGCAUCAUGGGCCUGUCCUGGAGCCCCGUGGACUCUGCCCCAUCCAGGGUGAGGAGGAGCCGUAUUGUGGAUGCCUCCUGCCAUCAGCUGUCAGGUUAUUUUGGUGUAAACUGAAAAUACCCUGGGAAUUGUGUGUUGAGUCCCUCCCAGGCUGCAGGGUGGGACUGCAGUAGGAGCGGCCAGCAAGGCUGGUUAUGGCUGAGGGUAGCCCCUGGAGGGGCAAGGUUUCCCAGUGGCGAGCCCGCCUGCCCAGCUCCCCACGGCCUGGGUGAGCUGGGGAGCUUCAUUUCAGCCAUCUGGCAGAGUGGCCUCCUUUGGGGCUGGGAGUGGUGGGGGCAUCCGGGGCCCUGUGGGCAGGCCCUCUGCUCAGUGAGCUUGGCACUGAGGCAGGAUACCUCCAACAGCCCCACUGGGGCCUCCCCCAGCUUCUCCCCACCCCAGGGGCUUGGCUUCUGGCUAGUCAGGGGCCCUCUGUGGGGACAGUUAUGUGGCCCCGAGCAGAGAGGUCCCGCUGUCUGUUUGCUGAAGGAGGAAAAACAACACGCAGACUAUUGAUUCAGCCUCACCUUGGUGCUCCUGGCUCAGCAGCCAGUGUUUGGCCUGGCUGCCUGGGCUCGGAUUACGCAAGGCUGGUGGGCGUGGAGUGCACGGGGGCUGCCAGGGGCCUCUGCGCCCAGGACCUGCGCAGGGCAGGGCUGGGUGGCCCCAGUGUUCCCCAGGAAACAGCCUCAAAAGAGUCUGGGCCCCUGACUUUGCUGACGGACACUGGUCUGGGGUCUGCCCGUGGAGGGAGGUGAAGCCACUGGGAUCCCCUGUGCUCAGCCCCCAAAGCCCCAUCCCUCCUAAGGUCACCCGCUGUUUCUUCCCAGAGGGCUGUGGGUCUUCGUGCAGGUAAUUCUCUGUGGCUAGGUCUGCUUUGCUGAACCAGGAACCCCUGGUGAGCUGAGUAGACACCACCCAUUAAAAAACUUUGAAAAGCCAACAUUUUAUAAAAUAGACCUCGGUAAUUUGGAAAAUAUACAGUGGUACAAAGAAGAAAAUAACAGUUAUUCAUAAUCGUCACCAUCUUGAGAGAAUCGUUGGUUAACGUUUUAGCAUGUGUCCUUCCAGAUUUUGUUUUGUGGUUAUAUAUAAAUACACACUUAUAAAUAGUUCUUUAAAAACAAAAUGGGGUCAUGUAUACAUACUGCUUUAUAACCCAUCUCUUUUUCACUUUGAUUGCGGUGAACAUUUAUUCUGUUGUUGUUUCUGAUUUUGGAUGACUCAAGCCUGAUACUCUUCAUCCCACUUCCGUAUUCUUGUGUGGAGAGAGGCUUGGGAGCCGCGCGCGUGUGUGCGUGCGUGUGUGUGUGUGUGUGUGUGUGUGUGUGUAGGGGGGGUCCAUCUGGCUGGCUGGCUGACCUUGGGGGGGCUGGAUUCUCACCCGUCUCCUCCGGGGGCCCUUUUCAGGCCUAGAUUGGGCCACGGGGGUGGCCUUUGCACAUGGCGGGGGCGGGGGGACUGACUGUCUACCCUUCUUCCUCCCUUGUUCCCCUCAGAGCCGGCGGCCCUCCUCCCCGCACAGCCCUGCCCUGCUCGGCCCCAUGCCCCCGCCAGUCAGCCCCGGGCCACAGGCAGUGAGCAGGCACGCGGGAGCCGAGGCCCUGUGACCAGGCCAAGGAGACGGGGGCUCCGGGGUCCCGGCCACCGGCCCCCCCCAUGGAGCUGAGGCCCUGGUUGCUAUGGGUGGUAGUGGCAGGAGCCUUGGUCCUGCUGGCAGCCGACGCCCGUGCCCAGAAGGUCUACACCAACACGUGGGCUGUGCACGUUCCCGGAGGCCCGGCCGUGGCUGACAGGCUGGCGCGCAAGCAUGGCUUCCUCAACUUGGGCCAGAUCUUCGGGGACUAUUACCACUUCUGGCAUCGAGCGGUGACAAAGCGGUCCCUGUCGCCUCACCGCCUGCGGCACAGCCGGCUGGACUACCUGACCACCUGA